GGCUUCCCCGCGACUUUGUCACAGUUUUCAACCAACGAUAUUAUCUGUGUGUGUGUGCGCCGCGCGGGCAUGCACCAACGCGCGCAACGGAUGAACCAUCCGCCUGCAUCGAUCUUCCUGCGAUGGCCGCCGCGUCGACGUUCCCUCUGGCUCUGCUGCUCGCCAUUGUUGCCGCAUGCUGCGUCGCCGGGGGCGAGGGCGGCGCGCUGGUGGGCGACACGUGCACGGCGUCGUCGGCGUCGAGCUGCGGGGCGGGGAUGCGGUGCGCCACCUGCUCACCGCUGCCCGGGAUGGGACCACCCGUGUGCUCGCGGACAACGCCCCUUGACCCCAAGGCGCACGGGACGGACCUCGCGUUCAACCGGUACACAUGGCUCACGACGCACAACUCCUUCGCCAUCGUUGGCUCGCCGUCGCGCACCGGCACGCCCAUCAUCGCGCCGCCCAACCAGGAGGACACCGUCACCGCGCAGCUCAAGAAUGGCGUGAGGGGCCUGAUGCUCGACGCGUAUGACUUCCAGAACGAAGUGUGGCUCUGCCACUCGUUCGGCGGGAAAUGCUACAACUUCGCUGCCUAUCAACGCGCGAUGGACGUGCUAAAGGAGAUUGGGGCGUUCCUGGAUGCGAACCCAUCGGAGGUGAUAACGGUGUUCGUGGAGGACUACGCUGGUCCGGGGAGCCUGGGCAAAGUGGUGGGCGGGUCAGGGCUGAGCAAGUACCUGUUCCCGCCUGCCAAGAUGCCCAAGGGCGGAGGCGACUGGCCUCUGCUCAAGGACAUGAUCGCCCAGAACCACCGCCUGCUCAUGUUCACGUCCAAGAGGGGCAAGGACGGCAGCGACGGGUUGGCGUACGAGUGGGACUACGUCCUGGAAACCCAGUAUGGGAACGAUGGGCUGGUGGGCGGGUCGUGCCCGAAGCGAGCGGAGUCGAUGGCGAUGGACUCCACCAAGCAGUCGCUGAUCCUGAUGAACUUCUUCAGCACCAACCCGAGCCAGAGCUGGGCCUGCGGCAACAACUCCGCGCCGCUCGUCGCCAAGCUCAAGGCCUGCUACGACGCCUCCGCCAAGCGCUGGCCCAACUUCAUCGCCGUCGAUUACUACAUGAGGAGUAAGGGCGGUGGAGCUCCGUUGGCGACCGACGUGGCCAACGGCCGCCAGCAAUGCGGCUGCGACAGCAUAGCAUACUGCAAGCCUGGGUCAGCGUUCGGGAGCUGCAGUUUGUCAUCGCCUCCUGCAGCGCCACCAAAGAUGGCUGCUGCUUCACCGCCGGCAGCGGCUCCAGCACCAGCACCAGAGAUGGCUCCUAGUUCACCGCCGGCAGAACCACCAGAGACGGCGACGGAGGCUGCUGGUUCAGCGGUGCGACCGGCGUCCAUCAAGUUAGAGAAGGACGACACGACGGGCACAUCGCCAGCGGACACCGCCAAAUCCUCCUCCUCUAAUCGCUCUCCUCAUCCGUCCAGCUGCAGCUUCCUCUUUGGAUUAUUAUUGCCAUCUCUUCUCCUCCUCCACCUUUAUAUUUCAGAUUGAUCGAUGAGGCUUUUAUCCAUCUCAUCAAUUCGAUGGUGCUAAUAUACUUUUAUUCAUGGAUGGACUCCAUGAUCCAUAUGCGCAUCUCUUAGCUAGCUAGCUAGUAGUAGCAGCUUCCACGCAAGCGCAAUCCAUCCGGACUCCUGCUAAUUAAAUGUUUUGCACAAUUAACUGUACACCUAGCUAGCUAUUACCACUUAAUAUUAGAAUCUCUUGUAGUAAUGGAUGCAUGCGUGCAUGUUGACAUCAAUUAAUUUGUCUUUGAGUCU